AUGCCACCUAGGAAGAAACAGCCGCUGAAGUUAUAUAUUUCAGCCGCGGAUGAGUCAAUCGGAAGUUUGUUAGCCCAAGAUAAUGAAGUAGGGAAAGAACAGGCAGUGUAUUACCUUAGUCGUAUUUUGACACCGGUUGAGCGUCGAUAUACGCCAAUCGAAAAAAUGUGUCUUGCUUUGUAUUUUGCUGCUCACAAAUUGAGAAUAUAUAUGCUACCUGUUUUAGUUUAUGUGAUUUGUGCCACUGACUUAAUUAAGUAUAUGUUUUCUCGUCCUAUAAUUUCUGGACAAAUAGGCAAGUGGUCCUUGGCCCUUAUGGAAUUCAGUUUGCAAUAUGUGCCUCAAAGGGCCGUAAAGGGCCAAGCACUUGCUGAUUUCCUAGCUGACCAUCCAUGCUUGGAUGUUGAUCCGGGAAUUUAUGAUGCAAUGGAGUUAUGUGCUAUUCAACUAACUCCUUGGACUCUAAUCUUUGAUGGAUCCAGCGCAAAUGAUGUCGGGGGAGUUGGAGUUAUAAUAAUUGCACCAAAUGGCAGGAAAACAACAUAUUCUUUCUUUCUAGAUUUCAAAUGUUCUAACAAUCAAGCAGAAUAUAAAGCUCUAAUUAUUGGUCUUGAAAUACUCUUAGAGAUGAGGGCACAGACCGUUGAAAUCAUAGGCGAUUCAAGUCUAGUGAUCGGUCAGUUGUCUAACAAUUUCAAGUGCCAAAGUUGGCACCACAAACCAUUUCACUCUAUAGCCAUGCAAUUACUACAAGAAUUUGCAGAGGUAAAGGUCAAGCAUGUUUAUAGAUUGCAUAAUAAAGAGGCCAAUGAUUUGGCUCAAAUAGCAUCUGGCGUUAGGGUGCCAGAAGGAAUAAUGGAGAAUUUGAUCAGAAUAAAAAGAAAAUCAUUACCCUCAGUUAAGGUGAGGGAAGAAUUGUUGGCAGAGGUUUUUGCAAUCGAGGUGGAAGAGGAGAUAGAAGAUAAUGAUUGGAGAACACCAAUCGUCGAUUUUCUCAAAAAUCCAGACCCUAAGGCUGACAAGAAGCUAAAGAUCAAAGCUCUUAAGUUUGUGAUGAUUGAUGGAGACCUAUUCAGGAAGAGCAUUAAAGAUGACCUACUCUUAAGGUGUGUCAGUAAGAAAGAAGCCAUGAAAGUAAUGGGAGAGACCCAUGAAGGGAUAUGUGGUGCUCACCAAGCUGGAAUAAAAAUGAAGUGGCUGAUUAGAAGAGGCUGGGCUAUGGAUUUGAUAGGGAAAGUUUAUCCACCUUCUUCUAAACAACAUUGUUUUAUCAUUGUGGCAACUGACUACUUUACCAAGUGGGUCGAAGCGGUGCCCAUGAAGUCAGUGCACCAAGAAGAUGUGAUUCGGUUUAUCAAACAUGUUAUUCAUAGAUGUGGGAUCCCAGAAUCAAUCACAACUGAUCGAGGUUCAGCCCUUGUUGCCAAAGAAGUGCAGGCAUUUGCAGCAGAGUACGGGAUCAAGCUCCUAAACUCAACCCCUCACUUUGCACAAGGAAAUGGUCAAGCCAAGUCAUCUAAUAAGACGCUAAAAGGCAUCAUUGAAAAAAUGGUGGAAGAUAACCCUAGGGUGUGGCAUGAACUGUUAUCAGAAGCACUUUGGGCAUAUAGGACUUCUCAACGGUUAAGCACAGGUGUGACUCCAUUCAUGCUCACCUAUGGGCAUGAUGCAGUUUUGCCUAUGGAAAUGACUGUGCGGUCAAUGAGAUUCGCAUUGCAAAAUAAUUUGACCCCUGCUGAAUAUAAUGAGUCUAUGUUGGUCGAAUUGGAGGACCUAGACGAAGUAAGGUUAAGGGCUCUUGACCACAUACAAGUUCAGAAGAGGCGAGUAGCGAGGGCAUAUAACAAGCGUGUUAAGGCCAAAAUCUUCGGUGAAAGUGACUUGGUUUGGAAGACUGUCCUCCCAAUGGGUGUGAAUGAUCGAAAAUAUGGAAAAUGGUCACAAAUUGGGAAGGUCCAUUUAUGGUUUACAAAGUCUUGA